AUGCCAAGCCUCAGUCUGCAAGAGGCUGCCACCGCAACUGCCGUAUGCGCAGCUGUGGCCCUCUUGGGGAGUGCCUUCUUCCUGGCCUUCUUCUUCAGUCAGAACAUCACACGGGGGAGCUGCUCCCCAUCCUUUUGGCUGGACAAGCUAUGUGUGAACCAGGCGGAGCCAUCUCUCAAGGAGAUUGCCAUUGCAUCCUUCCCGGUGUUCCUCUCGCAGUCCAGCCAAAUGCUGGUUCUUUGGGACGAGGAGUAUUUUGGUCGGCUCUGGUGCAACCUGGAGUUGGCUGCUUUCGCCAGCAGCGGGCACGCGCCGCAGAAGAUGCAGUUCGUUCCCGCAUGGCUGGCGCCGUGGCUGCUGGCCUCCAUCUGCACGGACAUGAUCAGCGUGUCUCUGCUCCGCGUGGUCUGGAACACAUGGACCGCGGAAACUAUCGCCACUGUGGUGGCGGCCUGCACCCUCUGGCUGUCGAACCAUGGCCUUGCGUCAAGCCAGAUUUCCGUUCUCCUGUCAUGGACGCUGAUGGUAGGUGUCGGCAGCGUGUCUUACUACGUCACGGCCCUCCCUACCGUGGUCUCCACGCUGAUGAAGGUGCAGAGGCAUGGUGGCAUGCUCGAGCAGAUGGCGCAGUUCGAUAUCCGGGAGGCCAGCUGCAAGGUGGAAGCUGACCGCACAAUCGUCGAGGAGAAGAUCGGCGAGUUGUUCGAGGCUGGGUUCGCGUUAACCCCCAAGGGGGGUGGGCCUCCGGUUCCCUUGGAGUCGCCGUACUGCACCCCUCUGCUACAAGACAUGGAGUCCCGGCUGGCCGGCCGAGAUCCGCUCGAGUCCUUCAAUGCCUACGUGCGGGGGCCACUGCGAGACAUUGUGCUGGACAAGGUUGGCAGCGAAAGGCAUGUCCCCUACCACCUAGCUCUGGCAUCCACACUGCCGAUGAUACUGUAUGCACUAGUCGACCUCCUGAGCUGCAGCGGGAUGUCCUGCCAGGAUGCGGCCGAGAGCAUGAAGUCCAGAAGCCUUUUGCACUUCGCGCUCACGCUCAGCGCCUUCUGGCUCGUGAACAUUUUGCUGAUCUUCCCCGUCGUACCUCCCAUCCUUUUCGGCCUCCUGGGCUUUGUCUGCUCCAUCACCAGCAGCACAGGCCUUCGCCUGCUCUUGGGCACGCAGUGCAUUUUUCUUCUCUUCACCUAUGCUUUCCUGUCUAGCGGGCUGGUCUUUGGCCUCCUCGUUCUCACAGCGAGUGGCGAGGUUCAGUGGCUCGCCCCUCUUCUCCUGGUGGUUGCGCUGCUGGGCACGCAGUUGCACGUCACCUUCUGGAGGAGCCGUCAGCAUCAGCGAUGA